CUUUUCUACUCGGACACGGCCAGCAUGGACAAGGCGCGUGACUUCUGGGAGCUGUUCGAAGCUCACACCAGCCACCUCCCGGACCAGUCUCGGCUGUUAGUGUUCCGACAGCGGAUCAAAGGCUCUGAAGCUGAACGGUGGUGGAACAACUCGACUAUCAAGACGUUCGCGACUCUGAAGGUCCGAUUCCACAACCUGUUCCUCAGCCGAACGGCUGACCAGCUCUGGGAACGGUUGCAGUCCGCUCACCGUGAGCUAGGCGAAUCCGUUGAGGAGUGGGGUGACCGUGUGACGGAUCUUUGUGACUCGUUGGACUAUCCGAACAGGAAGAUGAGAUAUCAGCUGUUCCGUCGCGGACUCCGAAACAAGCGCAUAUUGGCAUGUCUCGACUCGGGACCGGCGCACAACAUUCCGGAGGCCUGGGAAUGGCUAUUGGCCAAGGAGAUGUCACGUCCCAUUGAAGAAGACGACGAGUUCUCGGACGAG